AUGCCAUCGUCAGAAUCGUCCGACGUUGUUAUCGGCAUCGAUCUCGGCACUACCUACUCGUGUGUUGCCGUCUUUCAGAAUGGAACGGUGGAGGUCAUCGCAAACGACCAGGGCAAUCGGACUACACCGUCCUACGUGGCCUUUAACGACAAGGAGAGGUUGAUAGGCGAAGCUGCUAAAAAUCAGGCCGGGACGAAUCCCACCAACACCGUAUACGACAUAAAGCGCAUCAUAGGUUUAAAGAACGACGAUCCUAACGUGAUCGAGGAAAUGAAGAACUGGCCGUUCGAGGUUAUUAACGGCGAGGACGACAAACCCAGGAUAAGCGUGACAUAUCGGGGCGAACCGAAAUCCUAUUCUCCCGAACAGAUAUCGUCGAUGGUCCUGUCGAAAAUGAAAGAGACGGCCGAAGCGUAUUUGGGCACCGCGGUGAAGAGAGCGAUCAUUACAGUACCGGCGUACUUUAACGAUUCCCAGCGACAAGCGACUAAAGACGCCGGAACUAUUGCCGGGUUGAAGGUCGAGCGAAUUAUUAACGAGCCGACGGCGGCUGCCGUUGCCUACGGUCUAAGUGUGAUUAAGAAAAACAACAAGAAGAAUAUUUUAGUAUUCGACUUUGGCGGUGGCACGUUUGACGUAUCGAUCUUAAAUAUGGCCGAAGAGGUGAUUGAGGUUAAAGCCACGGCUGGAGACACUCACUUGGGAGGAGAAGACAUCGACGAUAAGUUGGUCGAACAUUUUAUGAGUGAUAUUAAGAGGAAAUACAAGCAAGACAUAAAGGACAACAAACGAGCACUGCGACGCUUAAAGACCGAAUGCGAAAAAGCCAAGAGAACGCUGUCGUCGUCCACUCAGGCCGAAUUCACAAUCGAGUCUCUCUGCUUUGGUAUCGAUAUGAACUUCGUUCUGACCCGGGCUAGAUUCGACGAGAUUUGCCACAGUCUCUUUCAGAGGACUAUCGAUCUUGUGACAAAAGCCUUAGUAGACGCCAAGAUGGACAAGAAUUCUAUACACGACAUUGUGUUGGUCGGAGGAUCUACCCGCAUACCUAAGGUGCAAAAACUCUUGCGGGACUAUUUCGGAAAGGACCCGAUCAAAUCAAUCAACCCGGACGAGGCCGUCGCCCACGGAGCUGCUGUACAAGCAGCCAUCAUAUCCGGGGACGCGAGUAAAGCUCUGUCCAACAUGCUCCUCAUCGACGUGGCUCCUCUGUCGUUGGGUGUAGAGACACAAGGUGGAGAGAUGACAAUAGUGAUCGAGAGAAACACGAGCAUUCCCGCGAGCAGGAGUAGCACAUUCACCACUUUCAAGGACGAUCAAGAAAGCGUGGAAAUCAAGGUGUUCGAGGGAGAACGUCCGUAUACCAAAUAUAAUAACCUGCUAGGCACUUUCUCGUUGAAUGGGAUACCCAAAGCUCCGAGGGGUACACCUAUAAUCGAGGUAUCUUUUGACAUUGACGUCAACGGAAUUCUCGAUGUGAGGGCAGUCGAAAAGAGUACCGGUGUCGAAAAGAAGAUAACCAUCAAAAACGACAACCGCAUAUCUAAAGAAGAGAUAGAGCGAAUGGUUCAGGAAGCUGAAAGGAACAAAGAGAACGAUAAAAAAAUAAGAGAGGCUAUCGAAGAAAAGAAUGGAUUGGAACAAGCCUGUUACCAGUUGAAGGGCCUUUUAUCAACGACCGCAUCGGAUAAAAAAGAGGAUUAUGUGAAGCAGAUAGACGAGUUAUUGAAUUGGAUCGACGAAACGGAUAAAUCGGGAAUUCCGAAGGAGACGUAUGUAAAAAAGAGACAAGAGCUAGAAAAGCUACAGAGUAAAAUGAUGGAAGAAAUCGCCUCUGACAAGUCUAGACCGAACGAUAAAACGGAAGACGGAAAGGGUAAAGAGCCAGUAAUUGAAGAAAUCGAUUGA